AUGCCCCGAGCUCUCAAUAUCGCUGUACUCGGCUGCUGUCAUGGCGAGCUGCAUCAAAUUUACCGCUCCAUUGCCGAGCGAUCAGCUCAAGCAGCUCCUAUCGACCUUCUCAUCAUCGGUGGUGACUUUCAAGCCGUCAGGAAUCACGCAGACCUCUCAUGUAUGUCUGUUCCAGACAAGUACAAACGCCUCGGUAACUUCCACCAGUACUAUAGUGGCAAGGCGAAAGCGCCUGUUCUGACACUGUUUGUUGGUGGCAAUCACGAAUCGAGUGCAUACAUGCAGGAACUCUACCAUGGCGGCUGGGUAGCGCCUAACAUUUACUACCUAGGUAGUGCUGGUAUCGUUCGCUACAAGGGACUUCGUAUUGCUGGUAUCUCUGGAAUAUGGCAGAAAGAGCAUUACAUACGCGGCUACAACGAGUGUCCGCCGUAUACGUCUUCGUCACUUCGCAGUGUUUACCAUGUUCGUCAAUUCGAGGUACAACGAUUGCUAGCAGCACAUCAAGCACAACCUGGGAUUGACAUCUUUCUCAGCCAUGACUGGCCAAGGGGAAUCGAGCAGCAUGGCGAUACGGCAGCCUUGCUCAAGAAGAAACCGUUCUUCAAAGCAGAAGUUGCGCGUAAUGAUCUGGGCAGUCCAGCGAACGAAACACUCCUGGCGGGUAUCAAGCCGAGAUAUUGGUUCUCGGCACAUUUGCAUGUACGAUUCCAAGCAGAGGUCGUGCAUGGAGAGAGUAAGAAGCGUUCGCGAGAAGCGACCCCGCCUGUGUCGAGCACAGGCAGGGAGUUGGUAGCGAAUCCGGACGAGAUAACAGUGGAUUUUGACGACGACGACGAAGAGGAUGUCUCAGAGGCCAAGGAUCCAAAUGAGAUACAAUUGGAACUGAGUGAUGACGAGGUGGCUGCUGAAAGCAAGCCAUCACGGGCAAUCCAAUCCUUGGAAGAGUACAAGAAGCAAGUUCUACAGCGCUACAAGCUGAACGAGACGCCAAGCAGCAAGCCAGACUCGACGCAAUUUCUUGCAUUGGACAAGUGCUUGCCUCGUCGCCAGUACCUCGAGUAUAUCAGUAUCGAAACGACAGAGGAGAGCAGCGAUGACCUUUGCUAUGACCCAACAUGGCUUGCGACCACACGAGCGAUGGCGCCAUACUUCUCCACGGGUGCGUAUCAAUGUGAAUUACCGGACCCUGUCCAGCUGCAGGCAGAGAUUGCCGAAGCGAGACGAUGGCUGGAUGCCAAGCACCUUGAUCUGACUAUCCCACACAACUUUGAACGGACUGCUCCGGCGGAAGAUCUGUCGAGCGCAAAACGAACAAAAGUGCAUGUGUACAACAAUCCACAGACUAGCAAGUUUGUUGAGAUGCUCGAAAUUCCGAAUCCUUUUGUGAAAGUAGGUUCAGGGUGGGAACCUCGGCCAGCUCGCAAAGUAGCUCAGUGA